AUGAGUAGUGCAGCACCACCGGCGUCGCUCAUUGCUGGUGCGAUUCCGACUGCAGUGCCUGGUCUGUCGAUUCUGCCGUCCAAGCGCAAGGCAGACGGCGACCCGCCCCUCGAAAGCGACCUCAUGAUCCUGACGCCCCUCGGUGCAGGCCAGGAGGUCGGCCGCUCGUGCUUUGUGCUCCAGUUCAAGGGCAAGACGAUCAUGUUCGACUGCGGUCUGCACCCUGCAUACUCGGGCCAGGCUGCAUUGCCAUUCUUUGACUCGUUCGACCCAGGGCUCGACUCGAUCGACGUUCUGCUCGUCACACAUGCUGGCGUACCGUACAUCAUGACCAAAACCAACUUUAAAGGACGUGUAUUCAUGACGCAUCCAACCAAGGCGAUUUACAAAUGGAUGGUGGCUGAUUUCAUCCGAGUUUCGAACGUCUCUGCGGACGAAAUGCUGUUUAACGAGCGCGACAUUGACAACACCAUGGCGCGCAUCGAAACCAUCGACUACCACCAGGAAAAGGAGGUCAAUGGCAUCAAGUUCUGGUGCUACAAUGCUGGGCACGUGCUUGGUGCAUGCAUGUUUAUGGUUGAGAUUGCUGGUGUGAAGCUGCUGUACACUGGUGAUUACAGUCGGCAUGAAGACCGACAUUUGAUGCCUGCUGAAAUCCCGACGAUUGCGCCAGACGUGCUUUGCGUCGAGUCGACGUACGGCGUGCGUGUUCACGAGCCUCGCGUGGAGCGCGAGGGUCGCUUCACAAAGGACGUGCAUGACAUUGUGAUGCGUGGUGGCAAGUGCCUCCUCCCAGUGUUUGCGCUUGGGCGCGCCCAAGAGCUGCUGCUCAUUCUGGAUGAAUUUUGGGAGUCCAAGCCUGCCCUGCACAACAUUCCCAUUUAUUAUGCAUCAUCGCUGGCAAGGAAAUGCAUGGCCAUCUACCAAACCUACAUCAAUCAAAUGAACGAGCGAAUUCGCCGCCAGUUUGCCAUCUCCAACCCGUUCAUGUUUAAACACAUCGCCUCGAUCAAAUCUGCGAGCGAAAUCGACCAGUCCGGCCCGAUGGUCAUGAUGGCAAGUCCCGGUAUGCUGCAGAAUGGGCUUUCUCGCGAUCUCUUUGAGCAGUGGUGCCCAGACUCGCGCAACGGAGUGAUUGUCACUGGUUACUCGGUUGAAGGUACUCUUGCCAAGUCCAUUCUCUCAGCCCCGAAAGAGGUGCCCUCGCUGACCGGCCAAAAGCUCCCUCUUCGCAUGUCAGUCACCUACGUGUCGUUCUCGGCGCACGCUGAUUUCGCUCAAACUUCCGAGUUUAUCGACGCUCUCAAGCCACCGCACAUUGUCUUGGUGCACGGCGAGGCCACCGAAAUGGGUCGUUUGAAGGCCGCACUGACCCGAAAGUACGAAGACCACGCCGAAAUCAAAAUUGAAGUGCACACACCUGCCAACGCGCAGUCUGUUCAGCUGUACUUCCGAGGCGAGCGGAUGGCCAAGGCGAUCGGCAGCCUUGCGGCCACCCAGCCCGAAGAUUUGCAAGCCGUCUCUGGCGUGCUUGUCAAACGAGGCUUUACCCACCAGUUGAUGGCUCCAGGAGAUAUUACCGAGUUCACCGAACUCAAGACGAGCGUCGUUCGGCAACGGCUCUGUGUGGCCUAUCGCCUUCCGUUCUCGCUCUUGCAGUUUUAUCUCGAGCAAAUGUACGGCAAUGUCAAGCCUUUCGACCAAGAUAACAGUCCGUCGUUGCUGGUCUUUGAAACUGUCACUGUGAUUCAGCGGGAUUCUACCUCUGUGGUGCUCGAAUGGGUGGCUUCCGCAGUGAAUGAUAUGAUUGCAGAUUCAGUUCUCGCAGUGUUGCUGCAGAUCGAGUCCAAUCCUCAGUCGGUCAAGCUGUCGCAAUCAUCUCACAGUCACGGUGAUUCGCACAAUCAUGCAAUGCACGAUGACUCCGACUCGGACAUGUCCACGGAGGCGUCAAAGCUGAACGAAGUGGUGCAAGAUGUUUUCGGUCGCAAUCCUGACCAAGAUGAGGAGCAACGAGCAGCACUUUUGGCAGCCUUGGCGGGCGAGGACGAGCCACGCGUCGAAUGGGCAAUCUGUCUUGAGGCGUUCUUGCGAGAGCAGUUUGGUGAGGUUGACAUUCUUGCGCCGGGCGAUGGUCUGGGCGCCGCGCUUCGGCAGCGAUUGCCAGCAUCCGAGGUGGCCACCGCUGCCGACGACGACGAGCCCACAGACUUGGACCGCCGGGUGUCAGACGCCGACGACGUUGUAUCACCGCAAGAAUUGAGGCUCUUGGUGAUACUGGAUGAGAUUUGGGCCCUUGUUGAUGUAUUUGGCAAGCCUGCAACGACGUCUCAAUAUUGCCGUGGCUAG